AAACUGCGCUUUAUUCUGUUCAAAUUCGAUACUUUGGUGUUUUGUUGCAGAGAACAAGGGCCUAUGUUUUCAGGAGAGAGAAGAAGAAGCACAAGUUGAAGCGAACCACCUCUCUUUCUUUCUCUCUUUUUCUUUCUUUCUUUCUCUGUCGCAAUGUCUUGUUCUGCUUCAGAAUCUCUCUCUACUUGCUUGCUUAUUUACGGGGGACUUUGCUUCCUUGUUCGUCCUUUAUCACAAUCACACCUUUUAAGAGCGUUGUAAGAGGGAGGAACACACAAACAACACUACCCAUUUGCCAUUUCAUUGUUGAACACCAGAUGAGAGCUUCUUCUUCUUUCUCUGUUUUCAAACAAACUCACAACUGUACAAGGGGUUUGAGUUGCUGAUAAUUUUUUAGUGACAACACCAUAGCAUUAUUCUUGAGGUGCUGUAUGAAGUAGAAGAUUCACAAUGAGAGAUGGGAAUUCCAAAAAAAGCAAGCUCUCAUGGUCCAAGAGAAUGGUCAGAAAGUUCUUCAAUCUCAAAAGCAAAGCUGAAGAAUCCCACCAAGCUGGUGAUGUUGCUUAUGGAGGAGGUGAUGUAGAUUACAGAAGCAGGAGCAGCUUAUCUGAGAGAGAGCAAUGCACAAUCAAAAAGAGCAAAACAGAGAAGUUGAGCAGGAACUCAUCGCAGGCCAGGCGAGGAAAAAUGAACCUUGACCAUCCUAGAAUUAUAGAUGUCCACAACUAUAGCAUUUUCACUGCUACAUGGAAUGUGGCUGGAAGAUCCCCACCAAGUAACUUGAAUUUAGAUGAUUUGCUUCAUGCCUCACCGCCUGCGGAUAUUUAUGUUCUUGGAUUUCAAGAGAUAGUUCCCUUGAAUGCUGGUAAUAUCUUAGGCGCCGAAGACAAUGGCCCUGCCAAAAAGUGGCUAUCGCUCAUUGGAAAGACUUUAAACAAUCUUCCUGGUUCUAGCGGAUGCAACGGGUAUUAUACACCAUCGCCCAUUCCUCAGCCGGUGGUAGAAUUAAAUGCCGAUUUUGAAGGAUCAGCUAGGCAGAAGAAUUCAUCAUUCUUCCAACGGCGGUCAUUCCAGACAACGUCUAGUAACUGGGGAAUGGACAAUGAUCCGUCAACUGCACUACCACGUCUAGAUCGGAGAUUCAGUGUCUGCGAUCGUGUAAUUUUUGGUAACAGGCGAAGUGACUUUGAUCCCAGUUUCCGAUGGGGUUACAGGCCUAGUGACUAUUCAAGGGCAAGUGACUACUCCAGACCCAGUGACUAUUCAAGAAUGGGUUCAUCUGAUGAUGACAAUGGCCUUGGAGAUUCUCCAAGUACAGUCUUAUUUUCACCAAUGUCUUAUGGUGGACCUGCAUCUGCUGAAGAUGUAUACGGCGUGCAAGGGCGUCCGAGGUACUGCCUUUUUGCAAGUAAGCAAAUGGUGGGAAUAUUUCUCACCAUAUGGGUGAGAAGUGAAUUGAAGGAUCAUGUUAGAAACUUGAAAGUAUCAUGUGUUGGCAGAGGAUUGAUGGGUUAUCUCGGAAAUAAGGGAUCCAUCUCAAUUAGCAUGUCUCUGCACGAAACAAGCUUUUGCUUCAUUUGUAGCCACUUAACCUCAGGACAGAAAGAGGGAGACGAGCUAAGAAGAAAUUCUGAUGUGAUGGAGAUUCUUAAAAAGACAAGAUUUCCACGUGUUCACGGUGCUGACAAUGAGAAGUCUCCAGAGACAAUCCUGGAGCAUGAUCGAAUUAUAUGGCUUGGAGAUUUGAAUUAUCGGAUUGCCCUCUCCUACCGUACUGCUAAGGCACUUGUUGAGAUGCAAAACUGGAGAGCAUUGUUAGAGAAUGACCAGUUGAGAAUAGAGCAAAAGAGAGGUCGCGCAUUUGUGGGAUGGAAUGAAGGGAAGAUUUAUUUCCCUCCAACAUACAAGUAUUCAACUAAUUCAGAUAGGUAUGCAGGAGAUGACAUGCACCCUAAGGAGAAAAGGCGAACACCUGCUUGGUGUGACCGUAUUUUGUGGUAUGGAGAAGGUCUCCAUCAACUAUCCUAUGUCCGUGGGGAAUCAAGAUUCUCAGACCACAAACCGGUUUAUGCCAUAUUUUGGGCCGAGGUUGAGUCAAAUCAUGGAAGAUUAAAGAAAAGUAUGAGCUGUUCUCGUUCCAGAAUUGAGGUGGAGGAACUUUUACCAUAUUCCCACGGAUACACUGAACUCAGCUUUUUCUAAAGGAAGGAGGACUAGUGAUAUGAGCUACGUGCAUGCAUGUCUAUUCAACACCUGGUCUACAAGCGGGACUCAAUUUGAAGAAACUUAUACGUGGAAGCUGAUAGAGACAAGACAUUUCUCACUUACCGAAAAAGGUGCUGAUAUGUAAUUUUGCUCUACAAUCAUGCCUUGUCUAAUAACACAUGAUCAUACAGUACUGUGUGUGCAUAAUUUGAUAACCAAUUAACAAACACUCAACUUUUCAUUGUCUCAGAGCUCGUGCUUCCAUUGGCACAAUCAUUAGGAAGGUGAAGAAGAUGAUUUUUUUUAUUCAUGAUUCUUUAAUUAUUUUUGGAGAAUAUUCAUGAUGACUGAAUGAAGUUGAAGCAUGGACAAAAUAAUCAUUUGUGCACUAACUUUUUGUUUUGUUUCUAAUUCAGAGAAAAUGAGAGUUUUGAUGUGUACUGAUUGUAACAGUCAUGAAAAAGAUAUUGUACAAAAGAACAAGAAAGAAAUUUCUAGUUAAUUAAUGAUAGAAUUUCUCUGUCUUUCUGCA